AUGAGGUCGAAUUCUAAUCCAUCUGAUUUAUUUACUAACGACCAGUUUGCUUUGUCUAUGAGGAAGUUCAAAAGAUUCAUGAGAAAAAAUCAGUCUUACAACAAUUCGGACAAGCCAAGAACAUCGACGCAUAUAAGUACUGACAAGCCCAGUGGAUCAAGAACACGUGACACUGAAGAAGUACAAAUGCUAUGUUAUAACUGUCGAAAGCCUGGACACUUCAAAGCUGAAUGUCCUUAUCCAAUAGUCAAGAAACAUCAAGAGGAAUACGGCAACUACAGGAAGAAUUCAGGAAAUUACAACAACUCGAAGAGUACAUCAAAUGAUGCGAAUGAUCAACCUAGCAACUACUCUAGUAAUAAUCAGAAGAGUGACAGACGAAGGAACGCUCUAGCUGUGGAAGAGAAGCUAGAAGAGAAGACUGACGAGACAUGCACAUCAAGCUCCAACUUAGAUAGUGAUAGCUCAGAAGAUGAAAAUGGACUACUGUGUCUCUUUAGCCAAGACGAAUCAAACGAAGAAGUAUGUCUUAUGGCGGAAGAAGACAAGGUAACCUCUCAAAACUACUCAUCUAAUUACAGCUCUGAGUCUAGCUAUCAUGAGAAUCCUAGGGAAGCAUUCAAAAGAAUGAUGAAGGAAUUCGAUGAUGUUUAA